AUCUAUUAUCUCCAGUGUGCAGAGCCACCGGAGAAUGACAAAUGAGUAGGAUACACAGCACUAUAGCUUCUGCAUCUUUUCCUAAACUAACGGACAACAACCCUUCUGCAAAUGUCCCAAACAAACCCCAAAUUUGGUCAGCUACCCCUGAGGAGGUAUGAAUACAAGCAAGAGUGAAACAGUGAAAGAGCAUCCAUUGAAACCUUCUAGAAGAUCUAUGCCAUGCCUCGUCCAGAGCCAAACACAUCCUCAGAGCCUGAGCAAGCAUUCUUCAUUCCUGCAGCCAAAUCGUGUACAGCCACAGCCUCUCAGUGCAGGGACAUCAACAGCUACAGUGGAUGUCGUGUCAGAACGAGCUAAAGUGGUGGAGACUUUGGAAAACAACUUGCUUAAGUUGUCUAAUACAGAAUACAGUGAUCCAUUUUUAGAUGUAGGGAAGGACAAAGAUACUUAUACAGAUGAUUCAGAACAUGGGAAUUAUGAUACUCGUACAGAUCAAUCGUUGCUUAUUCAAAGCAAGCUCACCAGGCAGAAAACAGAACCUCGAACUAAAUCAUCUUUAAAGAGUGAUGCCAUGGCAUCGUCAGGACUCUUCUUCAAAGAUGGCAAAAAGCGCAUUGAUUACAUCCUGGUCUACAAGAAAUCAAGUCCACAGGUAGAAAAAAGAAGCACAUUUGAGAAGAAUUUGAGAGCAGAAGGGCUGAUGUUAGAACGGGAGCCAGCUGUUACAAACAGUGAUAUCAUGUUUGUUAAAGUUCACUGUCCGUGGGAGACGUUGUGCAAAUACGCAGAAAGAAUGAACAUCAGGAUGCCUUUCAGGAAAAAAUGUUAUUACACUGACUGGAGGAGCAAAACCAUGGGCAGUUUGCAGAGGAAUAUGAGGGAGCUGAAAAGUUGGUUGCCCAGAAACCCAAUGAAGCUUGAUAAGGAGGCCCUGCCUGAUCUGGAGGAGACAGAUUGCUACACAGCACCCUUCAGCCGUGCUCGCAUCCACCAUUUUACGAUAAACAACAAAGAUAGCUUCUUCAGCAAUUCCACAAGAAGUAGAAUCGUGCAUCACGUGCUACAGAGAACUAAGUAUGAAGAUGGAAAAUCCAAAAUGGGUAUUAAUAGGUUACUAAAUAACGGAACAUAUGAAGCAGCAUUUCCACCACAUGAGGGAAGCCACAAAAGCAGACAUCCCAUCAAAACACACGGAGCACAGAAUCACAGACACCUCUUGUAUGAGCGUUGGGCACGGUGGGGAAUGUGGUACAAAUACCAACCUCUUGAUUUAAUCAGGCGAUAUUUUGGUGAAAAAAUUGGACUGUAUUUUGCCUGGCUGGGAUGGUAUACUGGGAUGCUUAUUCCUGCUGCCCUGGUUGGGCUCUUUGUUUUCCUCUAUGGAUUAUUUACAAUGGAUUCCAGCCAAGUAAGCAAAGAGAUCUGCGAGGCAAAUGAAACCAUCAUGUGCCCUAUGUGUGAACGCAAUUGCACACUACAGAAACUCAAUGAAAGCUGCAUCUACGCCAAGGUUACACAUUUGUUUGAUAAUGGAGGGACUGUCUUCUUUGCUAUUUUCAUGGCAAUUUGGGCUACAGUCUUUCUAGAGUUUUGGAAAAGGCGGAGAGCCGUGUUAACCUAUGACUGGGACCUCAUAGACUGGGAAGAUGAAGAGGAAGAGCUGCGUCCCCAGUUUGAAGCUAAAUAUUCCCAAGUGGAAAGAGUAAAUCCCAUCACAGGAAAACCUGAGCCUUUUCAACCUUUCCCUGAUAAGCUCAGUCGACUGAUGGUGUCUGUCUCAGGAAUAUUCUUCAUGAUCUCGCUGGUCCUCACUGCAGUGUUUGCAGUGGUGGUGUAUAGGCUGGUGGCCAUGGAGCAGUUUGCUUCUUUCAAGUGGUAUUUCAUCAAGAAGUAUUGGCAGUUUGCAACCUCUGGCACUGGAGUCUGCAUCAAUUUUAUGAUCAUCAUGUCACUCAAUGUUGUGUAUGAGAAGGUUGCCUAUCUCCUGACAGACUUAGAGCACCCUAGAACAGAAUCUGAAUGGGAAAACAGCUUUGCCUUGAAAAUGUUCCUCUUCCAGUUCGUCAACUUGAACAGCUCUAUCUUCUACAUUGCCUUUUUUCUUGGCAGAUUUGCAGGCCGCCCGGGAAAGUACAAUAAGCUUUUUAACAGAUGGAGGCUGGAAGAGUGUCAUCCUAGUGGCUGCUUGAUAGAUCUGUGCUUGCAAAUGGGAGUUAUUAUGGUUUUAAAACAAAUGUGGAACAACUUCAUGGAACUAGGCUAUCCUUUGUUACAGAAUUGGUGGUCACGACGCAAAAUGAAGAGAAGAGGGCAAUCAAUGGAGAAUAAAAUUUCUCUACCUCAGUGGGAAAAGGAUUGGAAUCUGCAGCCUAUGAACCUCCAUGGUUUAAUGGACGAAUAUUUAGAGAUGGUUUUACAGUUUGGCUUUACCACCAUCUUUGUUGCUGCCUUCCCAUUGGCACCUCUCCUGGCACUGCUGAACAACAUCAUAGAGAUCAGGUUGGAUGCGUACAAGUUUGUCACGCAGUGGCGCAGACCCAUGCCUGCCAGAGCGACAGAUAUAGGUAUCUGGUAUGGAAUUCUGGAAGGAAUUGGAGUUCUGGCUGUCAUCACCAAUGCCUUUGUUAUUGCCAUUACUUCUGAUUACAUUCCACGUUUUGUCUAUGCAUACAAAUAUGGUCCCUGUACAGAUCAAGGGUACAGACAAGAAAAAUGCUUAAAAGGAUAUGUCAACAGCAGUUUAUCAGUAUUUGAUCUGAGUGAACUUGGGAUGGGAUACUCAGGAUACUGUCGGUAUAGAGACUACAGAGCCCCACCAUGGAGUUCAACUCCAUAUGAAUUCACUUUGCAGUUUUGGCAUGUCCUGGCAGCACGGCUGGCCUUCAUCAUAGUAUUUGAGCACCUUGUUUUUGGAAUAAAGUCCUUCAUUGCCUACCUGAUUCCAGACAUGCCCAAAGACUUGUGCGACAGAAUGAGGAGAGAGAAAUACUUAGUCCAGGAAAUGAUGUAUGAGGCUGAACUGGAACAUUUGCAAAGAGAAAGGAAAAAGAACGGGAAACAGUAUCACCACGAAUGGCCUUAGUCACUACUGUGCUGCAACAAAAACACUGUUUGAAAUGGAAGAGUGUGGUUGCAAAACGAAGUCAGGGUCGGGCACCGGCGUGGGAGAUCCGCUCGUGGUGUAUAUAUGUUCUUGCUGGGCAGUGCAGUUGCAGACUUUGGUGGGCACUGGCAACCAGAUGUUUCCAAUGAUGGCAGUGAAAAGCCUUACCUGUAACUGGUCUGUCUGUGGUGAGCUCCGAGGAGAACUGGCACUCAGGAACGUGCAGUCAGCUUGGACACUGGUUUG